AUGGGAGACCAAGAAACCUUCAAAGCUCUUAAUAAGAAAUGUUUUAAAGAACAAGCUAUUUGGAUGUUAAAUGCUUUAUGGCCAACAUAUAAAGAUACUAUGGCUGAAGAAGUUUGGGGAUUUAAUCAAAUGUUUUCAGAAUUUGAAAUUGAAAACCAUGAAAAUGGAUGUGAUCUUGAUGAGUUGAAUAUGCAUCGUGUUUUUGAAAAACUUGGAAACCAAAAAACUGUUCAAGAAAUGCGUUCUCAAUUAAAACAAGCUGGAGUAGAAAACUUUAAAAGAGUUGGAAUGCUUCAUUUCCUUACUUAUUACUAUGGUAUGGAUUGGCAUAAAGUAGCCAAUGCUCCACAAGGAGAUAACUCUGCUCAAGUUGAAAAGGCUCAACAACUUCUUGAUGAAGUCUCCAAACAAUUGGAACUUUGUCAAAAGAGAGCUGAGGAAGCUAAGAAAUCUGCUGAAGCUGCUGCUGCAAGACAAAAAGAAGCUCAAGCUGCAGAGGAUGAAGUUACUAAAGCUUUAAAUGAAGUUAAAGCACAGGAACAAGCUAAAGAAGAUAAAAGAAAAGCACUUCAAAAGAAGAUUGAAACAGCAGGAUUAGUAGCUAAAAAUGCUGCUAUUCAAGAGUUAGCUAAACUUGAUAAUGAAGAUGACUUACCUUUAAGAAGAGCUAAAACUACUCUUGAAGCUGCUCAAAGAAAAGCUGCUAAAGCUGUUAAAAUUGCUACUGAAGCUAAAGAAAAAGCAGAAAGUGAUUCUCAAGUUGCUGAAAAAGCUGUUGAAGAUACACAAAAGAAAGUUGCAGAAGCUGAGGCAUAUCUUAAAGAAGUUCAAUUGUCAGCUGGUUCAGCUGGUCAAGGAACUAUGUGGUGGAUGCAACGAGAACUUGAAGAAAAGAAGAAAUACAUGCCAAUGAAGAAAGGAGGAAUUGCUAAGAAAUAAUUUAAUUUUAUUUCAUUCUCA